AUGAAUCUGAGUGAGAGUAACCUGUCUGGUCGCUGUGAGCAUUACUCCUGUCCAGAGAGAUCUGUAUCUCCUGCAGUUUAUGUUUUACUGUAUGUGUGUUCAGCUGCUGUGGUUCUGCUAACAGUGUGUGGAAAUAUGCUCGUCAUCAUCUCUGUUUUUCACUUCAAACAGCUUCACACACCGACAAACACACUUGUGCUCUCUCUGGCUGUGUCAGAUUUCCUCAUUGGUGCUUUAGUGAUGCCGCUAUUGUUCAUCUGGACAAUUGAGUCAUGCUGGAUAUUUAAUACAGGCAGCUGCAUGUCUUUGAUGAUCACUUCUUUUUUCCUAAUAUAUCAGUCUGUCUAUAAUAUUGGUCUGAUUGCUGGAGAUCGGUAUUUGGCUCUGUCAAACCCGUUUUUUUACACAAACACAAUUACUGUAAAAAUAAUGUGCAUUGUGGUUUCUACUAACUGGUGUGUGUGUCUUCUAUACAAUGUAGUGUUCUCUCAUUUUAGUGGAAGUUUCACGAGUUCUGUAAUGUGUCCUGGUGAGUGUUUCUCAGUUCCAAAUGAUGUUUGGACUGUAAUUGAUCUUAUAUUUUCAUUUAUAUUUCCACUGUCUGUUAUAAUCAUAUUGUAUACUCGUGUAUUUGUUAUAGCUAGGAAACAUGCCACAGCUAUCAGAGAGCUUAAUAAUCACACACGACCUAAAACACAGAAAAUCACCUCACAUUCAUUGAAAUCUGAGAGAAAAGCAGCUAAAGUCCUCGGCAUUUUAGUGUCUGUGUUUCUGGCCUGUUUACUUCCAUAUUUCAUUUACAGUUUAUUAGGUGAUGUUAUUGACCUACAGCUAGAAAUUUCUCAUAAAGUCCUUGUAAUAAUGUAUCUCAAUUCCACCAUUAAUCCAUUUAUUUAUGCUCUGUUUUAUCCUUGGUUUAGGAGAUGUGUUAAAAUAAUUAUUACUCUGCAAAUAUUCCAAACAGACUCUGAAUUAAUCAAUGUCCUUUCAUGA